AUGGGAGGAAAAGUAGUAGAAGAAACAAGACAGCUGGGUAAAGAAGAGAAAAUAGAAAAAAAUGAAGAUCAAGAAAUAACGCAAGAGGAAGUAGAACAAGUAAUAAAGAAGCUGAAAAAGAAAAAGGCGGCUGGAGAAGAUAAAAUCACAAAUGAAGCCUGGAUAUAUGGUGGAAAGGAAUUACAAGAGAACUUGCAAGGAAUACUAAAUAAAAUAUGGAAUGGAGAUGAAGAUCUGCCUGAGGAAUGGAAAAUGGGAAUAAUAAAACCAAUUUUCAAGAAAGGAGAUAGACAUAAACCGGAAAACUACAGAGGAAUAACUCUUAUGAACACAGGAUAUAAAAUUUACGCGGAAAUACUUAGGAAAAGAUUAGAAAAGGAAUUGGAAGACAAAAAAGCAUUAGGAGAGACGCAGAUGGGAUAUAGGAAAAAUAAAGGAACUAUUGACGCAAUAUACAUAGUUAAAACGGCCAUCGAAGAAGAAAUAAAGAAAGAAAAAGACUACUGCAGGGACAACAACAUCAUCCCAGACACCCAAGCCGGGUUCCGUAAGGGACUAAACUCUUUUGACCCGGUACUCAAAAUACAAACAGAGGCAAUAUCAGCCAUGAAUUCGGGCGGUUGUACCCUAGCAGUAGCGCUCGACUUUGACACAGUUUAG